AUGCCUCUAUUACCCCGCAGUCCCAGGAAAAGACCCUUUCAAUCUGCUUUUGAAUCUGAGCUUAUUGAUGAGAAGCCACAAAUCUGGAGUACAACUCAUCCGAAGCGAGUGAAAUCAAAGGGCAAAGAGUUGCGCGAAGUCACAAGAUCGAAAUCAUCAUCUGUGGACUGCCUUCCUAAUGAAAUUUUGUUGAGGAUAUUCCAAGAAUCUAUAAACGCGUCAGGAUCUUCAAUAUCAAUUCCAAUCGACAUGACGUCCUGCAACUCGGCACCUGUCACCCUUCUGUAUGUUUGCAAUCGCUGGAGACAUCUUGUACUUGGAUCACCGCUUCUCUGGACAAAAAUUCAUACUCCAGAGCUUAUAUUCGACAACGAUAUUUCUCUUGGGCCGUACCAGAAAGUACUGGCCCAGCUGCUCGGGUAUUCACAGACCUUGCCUAUAUUUGUCAAGCACAACUCUCCGGGGUAUCAUUACUGGAACACAAUUAAAAACCACGUAAAGCUGACUCCAGGAUGCACCUUUACGAGCCGACAUCUGCGCGGCUUAGCGAACGAUCAUUCAUUGAAUAUGCUGCUUGCUUUGACGAACGCUGGCCACCGGUGGAAAACCUUUGAAAUCACAUUCGACAAUGCUCUUCUCCAAAGUUUCAGUAGCCUGUGCAGUCACCAAGAUCCAUGUCUUGGAGCAAAUCUUGAAUCGUUGAAAAUUUGCUUUUCUGACUCGCCUCGUACUAGUAUGGACUUCGACGACCUUUGGUGUUGGAUCAAGCGCCUUCCCGUCUUGAAAAAUUUGUACAUCACGGAUUCUCGACAAUUUCUGGCAAAUACAAAUCCAAAAUCUCUUCCAUUGGGGUUCAUUACUGGAGAAAUACAAUUCCAGAAGCCGUCGAUUAAGUUUUUGGACGCUCUGCAGAUCAUUUCUCAGUGCAAAUCUGCCACCAAGGUCCUUAUAUGCGGCAGGAGUCUGUGCAGCGAUGCUAGCGAUAGCCCAACCUACCACUCUGGACCUACGACGCCGCUAUGUUUCCACCGCAUAACCGCCUUGAUAUUAAAAGGAAUACAAUAUCCUAUACAUAUCCUGGACCACUUUACGUUUCCCUCUCUCGUCAGGCUUGAGAUAUUUCUCUGCUUUGCAGUUAUCGGCGAGGACCUUAGGAAUGACUCGCUCUCUAUAUUUAAGAGGUUUCUUGACCGAUCCCAGCCCCAGUUGGCUGAAUUUAUCGUGCGAGAUGACUACAUGACGGAAGAAAUCGCACUUCCUUUUCUCAUGCUCCCAAGGCUUCGUCAUGUCUCUACAGUUGACUUUGAUUCGGUGAGGCCUAUUUCUGCAGGCCUUUUAGCAAGCCUUCAUCACGGUGAAGAUCUUGAUGCAACAUGGAAUGAACGCCUCAGGGAUAUUGACCUCAUGAUAUGGAAAUCACGCAGUGAAGACGCAGGAUAUCAUUUCGGAUGGAAGUCCAUGCGUAACAACGAAACCCUUCAGCUAUCCAUUAGAGGUGGGCGGAUUCAACGGUGA